AAAAUAAGGGAUAACUUUGUGUGCGCACCAAACGAGAGACAGAGUAUCCAUCCUAAGGAAAUUAGAAAAAAUGAAAAUGGAGUUGACUUUGUUAACGUGAGGCCCAAGAUUCCGGUUCAAAUGGUAUAUAUAUGUUCAACAAAGAACAACUCAUCGUUAUCAUCACAUCCAGAAAUUUGAUCUCUGCUUUGAAAUGGCAUCAAGCAGCGAGGCCUUCAUUGAAAGAGCUGUAAAUUUGAUACACAAGGAAAAUCAAGCUCGAGCUAAGAUUUUUGACAAGUUGCAAGAGAGAAAGCUGGACAGAGACAAAUUAGCUGAAAAAAUAAGAAGUCUACUGCCCUUAGCAUAUUCAUAUGAGUCAAGAAGAAGGAACUUUGAAUAUACGGAACAAACUUUCUUGGAUUUCUACAGUACAAUUGAAGCAAAACCGAAUGAACCUCCAUCGAUUAAGACUUUGUAUUGCAAGACUAGACACGGGAGUAACUGUUUAGCUAAUGAGAAAAAGAUUUUUCGGGAGAUAACAGCAACAUUAAAGACAAGAAAAGACAUUGAAAGUGCUAAAGAUGCCAAAUUGGAUAACAAAAAGGUUCUCCACAAUCAAGCACAUUUUAUGGGAAUGACAUCCAAUGCCAAUGUGGAGAGACUUAAACAAAAAAUACAAGUUAUUACAAAUGACAUUAGAUCUAUCGAGAACCAUUUAGAUAGAAUAAACAAAAAGAGAGAAAAAAUUUAUGCACAAAUUCUUAAACACCACAAAACAAAUAUUUAAUGAUGAAAUAAUUAUGUGAAAGUACAGACUGAAUCUGUCUAUCCUACACACGCAAAACUCUAUCUCUCCACACACCUCUCUAUUUUAUGACCAUCUUUAUUUUUCAUGUCCAUCUUCUUUCUUCUCUAAUUUCAAAUCUAUCUUCCAUUUUUAUUUUCUCUCUCUAAUUUUCAAAUUUAAACUUUUCUCAUAGAAGUAUGUAGAAAGAAACACUAUAUAUAUAUAUUGGAAGAACUUGAGGUGCUACUAUCGAAAAUACAUAGUUGUUUUGAUUUGAGGAGUUCAAAUCUGUUGGAUAGAAUUUGUUGGACAAUGUUAUUGGAAGAUGUAAAACGUGGUUAUCCAUUGAUUUGAGGUUGAAAAUUUGAACAAAAAAUCACAAAUUCUACAGACGCUCAUUGUUGAAGAUCAAAAGUUUCAACGUUUGAAAAUUAGAUUUUUGCAAAGUAACUUUAUAGGGUGAUUUGAUGUAGUUUUUGAGGUGUUAUGGAUAGAUCUGUCACUUGCAUUCAAGGAAGAUGAUGAAGUCAGUUGUUGUAUAAUAGUGUAUAUGAGUGUUUAAAUAUGUCUUAUAAUUUUAUAGCAUUUUUGUAUACAAGGUGUAUAGUAUUGUGUAUUGAGUUUUAAAUAUUGUUGUAAAAGAAGAAAAUGGAGCUCUUGUAUAGUCUUCUAUAUCGUAUGUAUAAUAUUAUAUACCAUAUUUUUAACCACUCCUAUAAGAAAACAGAAGGACCGAAAGCUUAGUGACCUAGGUGUAAUACAAUGUGAAUUGUAUUUUUUCGCAAUUAUUCCUUAUGUGAUUACUUUUAUGCAUUUUUGCUAUGAAUUUACCUUGUAUGAUUCAAAAACUA